UGGGUGUAGCUUCCAGUGGAGGUCGCUGUGGAAGUCUAGUAGAGUACAUAUGUCAGGGGGAGAGCUGGUUACUUUUUCAGCGUGCCUGUCACCCAGCUUUAUUACUGGAUGGCGCACCGUUGCCUGCUGCUCCCCGGAGCCGGCCGGGCGCUUACCGGAGCCCUCACCCGCUCUCAUCACAUGACAACCUGCUGUCUGCGAAUGAUACACAGUCAAGUGACCACUUCGGAGAAGAGAACUUUAUUGGCCAAUGUUAUUGCUGCUUACAGAAGACUCUGCUCACAGCCCCCAAAAGGUUUUGAAAAAUACUUCCCAAAUGGAAAGAAUUCAAAUAACUCAAAAGGGACAACUAGUGAAAUUAAAGAUGCAAAACUUAAUAGUAACCAACAGUCCUCAGGUAGAGGCAAUGGCUCAUCUGGAGGAGGUGGCAAGAAAGGGGGAAAGGGAGGUGGCAAGAAAGAAGAUUCAUCUUGGUGGGCAAGAAUGCAAAAGGGUGAAGUCCCAUGGGACGAUAAAGAGUUCAGAUUCUACUUCAUUGCAAGUGCGGCAUUUUGGGCUGGUGUCACUUAUUAUUUUUUCUUCAGGAGUUCUGGAAGAGAGAUCACUUGGAAAGACUUUGUCAAUAACUACUUGUCUAAAGAUGUGGUGGACCGCCUUGAGGUAGUAAAUAAGCGAUUUGUCCGAGUCAUCUUUACACCAGGAAAGAGCCCUGUUGAUGGGCAAUAUGUCUGGUUUAAUAUUGGCAGUGUGGACACAUUUGAGAGGAAUUUGGAAACUGUGCAGCAAGAACUUGGUAUUGAGGGAGAGAAACGGUUACCUGUGGUCUAUGCAGCAGAGAGUGAUGGCUCAUUUCUUCUGAGCAUGCUCCCCACAGUCCUCAUUAUUGGGUUUCUCCUGUACACAUUAAGGAGAGGACCUGCUGGCGGAAGGCCAGGCAGGGGUAUGGGAGGUCUAUUUAGCGUUGGAGAGACAACUGCUAAGGUUCUUAAAGAUGAAAUUGAUGUUAAGUUCAAGGAUGUGGCAGGAUGUGAGGAGGCGAAACUGGAAAUUAUGGAGUUUGUCAAUUUCCUGAAAAAUCCAAAGCAGUAUCAAGAUUUGGGUGCAAAAAUUCCAAAGGGUGCUAUUCUGACUGGUCCUCCUGGUACUGGGAAAACAUUAUUAGCAAAAGCCACAGCAGGAGAAGCUAAUGUCCCUUUUAUCACAGUCAAUGGCUCUGAGUUCUUAGAGAUGUUUGUUGGCGUUGGCCCAGCCCGGGUACGUGAUUUAUUUGUAUUAGCUAGGAAAAACGCUCCUUGCAUUCUCUUUAUUGAUGAGAUUGAUGCAGUUGGAAGGAAAAGAGGGCGUGGAAACUUUGGGGGACAAAGUGAACAAGAAAACACGCUCAAUCAACUUCUAGUGGAGAUGGAUGGGUUUAAUACUACAACAAAUGUAGUAGUGUUAGCAGGCACAAACAGACCAGAUAUACUGGACCCUGCUCUAAUGAGACCUGGUCGGUUUGACAGGCAGAUUUACAUAGGACCUCCUGACAUUAAAGGCAGAGCAUCUAUUUUUAAGGUUCACCUCAGACCACUAAAGCUAGAUGCCUCUAUCGAGAGAGAAGUUAUUGCAAGAAAGCUUGCGGCAUUAACACCUGGAUUCUCAGGGGCUGAUAUCGCAAAUGUGUGCAAUGAAGCUGCUCUGAUUGCAGCACGACACCUUUCAGAUUCCAUAAACCAAAAACACUUUGAACAAGCCAUAGAAAGAGUAAUAGGAGGUCUGGAAAAGAAGACCCAGGUCCUCCAACCAGAAGAAAAGAAGACCGUGGCUUAUCAUGAAGCGGGGCAUGCAGUUGCUGGAUGGUUUUUGGAACAUGCUGAUCCCCUUUUGAAAGUUUCUAUCAUCCCCCGAGGAAAAGGUUUAGGCUACGCACAGUACUUGCCUAAAGAGCAGUAUCUGUAUACAAAAGAGCAGCUUAUGGACAGGAUGUGUAUGACAUUGGGAGGUCGUGUUUCAGAGCAGAUUUUCUUUGGAAGAAUUACAACUGGAGCUCAGGAUGAUUUAAAGAAAGUGACUCAGAGCGCUUAUGCACAGAUUGUCCAAUUUGGAAUGAAUGAGAAAGUUGGACAGGUGUCAUUUGACCUCCCACGUCAAGGUGAAAUGGUACUGGAAAAGCCCUACAGUGAGGCAACAGCAAGACUAAUAGAUGAUGAAGUCCGAAUACUUAUUAACACUGCUUAUGAGAGAACGCUAAAUCUUCUCAAGGAAAAGACGGCAGAUGUUGAAAAGAUCGCUCUUCGUCUUUUGGAAAAAGAAGUUCUUGAUAAAAGUGAUAUGGUUGAAUUGCUGGGUCCAAGACCAUUUGCAGAAAAAUCCACUUACGAAGAGUUUGUAGAAGGCACGGGUAGCUUGGAUGAAGACACUUCACUUCCCGAAGGACUGAAAGAUUGGAACAAAGAUCGUGAAAAAGAGAGGGAGGAAUCCUCAGACGAACAGAUUGCCCGACAGAUCAGUGGAGGAAUGCCCUUUUGAUUUUGUGACACUUUGAACAGAUUAAUUGGACUAGUUUCAAAGGACGGACUUAAAGCACUUGUUAAUAUGAAAAUAUUCACUUGAAGUCUGCAAAGCAAAUUAAAUUGGAUUGUACUAAAUGCUCAAACAAAUCCAAAAAUAUUUGACAGCUGUAUCGAACAUGCCUAGAACAAUCCGUCAUUUAUGCAAGGUUAACCAAAUUCAUCUGCAAUUUCCUUUUUUGCUCCAGUCAAUAAUUACCUCUAGGGCAUUUAAGGAUGUUUCAAGAUAUCUGGAUACUUUAAAGUGUUUUGUCUGCACAAAUGUAUGGGUUUUUUCUCUCUCUUUCUAAGCUGAAAGGCUUUUGGGAAUGCUGUAAACCAUCUGCAUAUGUUGGUUUGUAAUGUUGAAUGAAAUAGUUUAAAUGAAAUGAACUCUAUUUUAAUAGAAAAAAAUCCAUAUGCUCCUUUAUCAAGAUAUAAGUAAUUUAUUUCCUGCAUAUGAGAACAUUUGAACUUUUUUUUUAAAUUGUUUGUUUUUCACAGAGUGAAAAACAUAAAUAUAUCAAACUUAAUACUGCAACCAUUGCUACUAAACAUUUUCAAAUUAAUACUCUACAGUAAUUGUCUUGAAUUGCUGAUUAGAUCACAAAGCAAGAAAGCUAAAAUCAGGUUAAUAUGCCAACUACUGUUUUUGGAAACAAUAACAGCUGCGUGAUGUUUUUGCUUUGUUUUUUAAUUAUUUUUUUUCAUCUUCUCUGGUAAAGAAAACAGAUCUUUUUAAUAAUCUGUGCAUUUUAGCGGGCUUGUCACAGAUUAUACCACCACUCCUACUCUACAUAUAAUAUAUCUACUCUAUGUAUUAAUGACCAUUACUCUUAACUUAGGUCCCAUUAUAUCAAGUGAAUAUCUUAUGGUCAAGUAAAAUAAAAAAAUGAAUGAUGGGCAUGUGAUGUGCAAGCUUAACUGAAACAUGAAACUGAGCCCUAAAUAACUGUAGCUUCUGUGUCUUCAAAAAGAAAAAUCAAUAUUGUCCUCUAAGAGGAGGAAGAUUCCUGUUAGGUAGUCAGUUUUAUUGGCAUUUACAAGACCUGCGAGCAGUGUUAACAUUGUUGGGAGCAGUGUUUGGCAUGGCCGUUUGUACAGCAAACUGACACAACAUAUUUGAAUGUAUUAUGUUUUGUAUUAAUGUUUGAAAUAAAACAUACUGUAAAUUUACUGUAGCAUUUGUCAUUAAAAUUACAGGAAUAGGUGCCACA